AUGAAGAAAGCCAACCACGACUCAGCCUCCAUGACCGAGGUCGAGGACAUUGAGGGGAAACCUGUCGUUGCCCAUGAGACGCUCGUGGCAGGCUAUGUUCCUGGCACAGAGGAGGAGAAGCGGUUGGUCCGCAAGAUCGAUCUAUACCUGUUACCGUGUAUCUGGAUCAUGUACCUCCUUAGCUACAUGGACCGAACAAAGUACAUUGACCCUUCCAGCACCCCUCUGGAUGAAAGGCAGCUGACAAGUGAGUACAGUAUCGGCAACGCCAAAGUUGCCGGCAUGGAAACCGACCUUAAACUUACUUCGAACCGCUAUUCAAUCGCCCUCGUUGUCUUCUUUAUCGGCUACGUGAUCUUUGAGGUACCCUCCAAUAUGCUCCUCUCAAAGAUCAAGCCCAACAUCUACCUGCCUUGCAUCAUGUUUGCCUGGGGCUGUGUCACUAUCGGCAUGGCGUACGUGCAGACGUACAAGGCGCUCAUUGGAUUCCGAGUCGCUAUGGGCGUUCUAGAAGCCGGUUUCGCACCGGGCGUGUUACUGGUGAUCAGCUCUUGGUACAAAAAGUCCGAACAGAAGGGGGUGCAUGGAAUCGAGGGGUGGAGAUGGCUCUUCAUUGUCGAGGGAGCCGCAACAGCCGGCGUGUCCAUUAUUGCGUCCUUCCUGUUGCUUGACUUUCCUGCAACAACGAAGAAACUCAACGAGAGGGAGCGGGAGCUUGCUAUGGCGCGGAUGGCGGCCGAGGCGAUGAUGGUUGAUGGGGAUGCUGAAGCCUUGGGUCACGGACAGGCACUCCGGACCAGUUUGAGUAACUGGAAGACGUGGUUAUUCGUUGUUGGAUAUAUGGCCAUCGUCGGCUCGUCCACGCUCUCUUACUUCUACCCAACCCUCGUCUCCGGGCUCGGGUACAAGGGCAACAUGGCCCAAUACAUGGUCAUCCCCAUCUACGCCGCGGCCUUUGUGUGCAACGCGAUAACCGGCUACUUUGCGGACCGACACCAGUCCAGGCGCGGGUACGUUCUCGUCGCAAUGAUGAGCGUCGCCAUGAUCUGCAGUAUCGUCAUCUGCGUCGUUUACGACCUCAAGGCGCGCUAUGCGCUCCUUGUGAUUAUGGCAAUGGGACUGUGGGCAUCAAACGGACUCUCCUUGGCGUAUGCGUCCGUGAGCUUUGGCGAGAUGCCGAGAGAAGUCAGGGGCAUUUCGUUGGCGCUUGUCAAUGCGAUGGGCAACCUGGCACAGAUUUAUGGCGCAUACCUGUUUCCGGACAACGAUAAGCCGAAGUAUCUUAUGGGUUUCGGGGUUAUUAGCGGGCUGUGCUUUACGGGUGUUUCUCGAUCUGCAAUGGGCCGAAUCGGGCGCGAAAGUGAUCCCGGUCUCCAGGUCCUCGGCGUGGUCAUUGGCGGCCUACCGAUGGUGAUCAAUUCAGUGAACUCAAGUAAACCGCAUUACCAGUCUUCACGAGAGAUGGUAAAGACGCUGGAGGAACUGACGGACACACUUCAGAGACAGCACUUCCUGCUGCAGAAGGACCUAGAGAGUAUACUCAAGUCCCAGGCGGGAGAUCUUGGAGAAGAGAGAGUGGCAGAGAUACUCCACCAGCCGCACGCGGUCUACUUCGCCGAGCCAGACGUUGUAAUGGCUGUUGAACGGUCUCUCGGGGAUGGAAAAGAUGUCUAUGUUUCAACCGUUCGGAAAUGCGGAGAAGCCGUCUUUGAUAUCGCCGAGCGACUGGCCGGGUUUCCUUCGACGACUGGGAAGGGGGGUAAAGGAACUGGAAGAGGGAGAGCCUGGGGUAAAAGGCAGCUGAUCACGUCGGCAAGUCAGCGAAGGGACUUUGAUCGCUUGCUCGAGAGACUGGAUUAUACGACCGUGCUCCUGGCUAGGUUGAGGGUGACCAUCGAGCCCCAGCGCGAGGAAGGACUGACUGGAAAGGUUGCACGAACGGCCUCGAGGCCAGGAUCUAGAGGAAGCAAUGUCAAUGCGAAUGCGAGCCCAAGUCUAGAUUCGCUUGGAAACGCUGAUGUUCUUAGCCGCGCGGCUGAGCGAUUGUAUACAGCGAUAUCCGCAGGCCUUGACAACGACUGCCAUACAACGCAUACGGCCGCGCUCUUCUUGCCGAGUGGAACGGAGCUGAAAAAGAGAAGCCAGGAAAAUGUGGCAAAGCAGCCGUUUGUGUUUACGGUUGGCUUUCGGAUGCCCAGCAUCAUCAAGGGGUAUUAUACCGUGGAUGCUAAAGUCAUACCAAACAGGGCCAGUUAUGGUCAACCGACCCCGGGCCAAUCGUCAGGCAGAGUUUCCAACGACCUCUGCCAGCUCAUCACAACCGCCGAAGAGCAGGGCCGCAUGCUGGAGCUGCACGUCUCUCAAGCAGGCUCCUGCACCUGGAACGAACUCCAUCCCGCGCUCUCACCCUCCCAGACACCUGCAACGGCGGACCUGACGACCAUGGACACGGUCAUUCGUCACUCUGCUCCAGGGAGCUGGACGACGGCGCAGAAACUGCGCCUCUCGUUCUUCCUCGCCUCAUCGAUCCUCCAGCUCUCGCCUACCCGCUGGCUUCAACCCUCUCACCCUCUGACCAGCGACACUAUCUGGUUCUCAAAGGCCAACGCCUCGACGCUCACAAGAGCUUCCGCCAGUGCAUCUCUCCUCCUCCCCAAACCGCUAAUCCUGCGCGACUUUUUCGGCAGCGAUACUCGGUCCUUUGAGCCCCCCAUUGCGCGAAACAGCCUUCUCGAGUUCACUGUCUUAUUGCUUGAGAUCUGGCAUCAGCGGACAUUCGACUGGUACGCGGAAGAGAUCCAAGCACCUCUCGACACCGAUUUCUGGGCCCGACUUAGGAUUGUCGAGAUGUGGGUUGAGGAUAGCAAAGACCUUGUCCUUGAUGAGGUGUAUACCAUCAUGAUGCGGUGUCUGAACGGGACAUUUGGAACUGCAGCGACAGAACCAGUGGCCAGAUGGGAUGACGACGUUUUCAGGGCAGAUUUCUGGCGCAGGGUUGUUGUCGUUCUGGAGGAGGCGCUUAAUACGGUGUAG